AGUAAAAAUGAAAAAUGGCGCUAUUCAUACGUGCAUCAACUAAUAGAUCGUUAUUAUUAAUUACAAAUAAAUAUUACAAUAAAUUAUCUGUGAACUCGUUCAAAUUUAAUUCUAUUCCUGUGAUAACACGAACAAAUUAUUCAAUUAACAAUAAUUGUAAUAGUUCACGUGGUAUCGGUACUUUGACUGCUGAUUAUAACCAAAAAAACUCGGAAAAUUUCUUAGAUGAAAGAGAACAAGAUGAAGACAAUUCACCUGGACCAUUUGAUACGUUUAUAUCAAAACGUAGAUCACAAGCUCAGAGGUCGGUUCUUAUUCAAGUCGAAUCUCCUAGAUCUUACGCCGACUUGUAUUUGUAUUGUCAGAGUUUCGGGCCGAUCAAUUCCAUACACCAGUAUACAAUUCCGAAUGAAGGAGAUUUUUUUUUAGUUGAAUAUGAAGAUUUAUCAUCAUUUAAAUCAUUAAUAGAAUCAUCUACGCAUGUUAAAUUAAAUGAAGUAGUGCCGGUUCAAUCGCAAAUGCUGUGGUUUCGUGAUGCGCUACUACGCGAAAAUACACAGGGAUCAUCGGGGGCAUUUAGAAAAGAUGAAAUUAUACCAUCGGCAUUAGAAAUAGUAAAAUAUCCAAAUAAAUUAAUAACAAAUGAUUAUAUAAGAAAAUUAAUAAGUAGUAAAGAAACAGUCUCUGAACAAAUGGAAAUAAUUUACGAAGAAAGUAAAUUACAGGACAUUGAUUUGAGACUGCGAUUUUUAUUAGCCAAUCAAAUGGAAUCGAGUUUAUCUGGUAUGUUUCCAAACGUCACAGCCUUACCGUUCGGCUCGACUGUCAACGGGUCCGGUAAAUGCGACUCGGACCUUGAUUUAGUUAUCAAUUUACAAACAAAACCGGAGUCUAAAUCAAGUCGCCUUGUAUUCCAUACAAAAGCAGCGGCAUCCGAUGGACGCUUGAACGCAGCUCGUCUAUUAGAACCAAUAUCUGGAUUGAUGCGUAACUUUUUACCGGGUAUCCAAAAAAUUGAAAAUGUACUUCACGCGCGAGUACCAAUCGUCAAGUAUCACCAUCUCUACACCAACAUCGAGUGUGAUUUAAGCAUAAGCAACAUGACUGCCGUCUAUAUGUCCGAGUUGUUGUAUCUAUACAGUGACUUCAACCCGAAAGUGAGUCCGCUUGUUUACACAGUCAGACAGUGGGCGUCUUUUGUCGGUCUCACGAAUUCAAAAGUACCCGGGCCAUGGAUCUCUAACUUUUCACUUACCCUACUCGUAUUAUUUUACUUACAACAAAAAGAAAUCUUACCCUCUAUAGAUUAUCUCAAAGCGAAUGCCAGAUUAUCAGAUAUUCGCAUUGCAGAUUCAUCAGUAAAUUGUACAUUUCUACGAGAUUUAACAAAAUGGCCUGUCGGCAAAUGCCCAGACACAACAUUAGAAGAUUUAUUACAUGAGUUUUUUAGUUUUUAUGCGGAAUUUGACUUCACGACACAGGCGAUAUCAUUGCGGAAGGGGGCGAGUAUCAAUAAACCGACUACUCAAGGACUAAGAAAACAUACGUCCCCUCUUCAUAUUUGUAAUCCAUUGGAGACGUCAUUGAAUGUAAGUCAUAAUGUUUCUGUUAAUGAAAUAACCGGGUUUAUAAUUGCCGCCCAAAAAGCCGCGGCGUUGAUGGACGAAGGCAACGAUUACUAUCCUCGUGGUCUACUUGAUAUAUUUGUUGAGAAGAGAAAGUCGCUUGAUAAGAGAUUUAUUUUGGGGAAGAGAUACGUGACGAAGCCAAAUAGAGUACAAGUUUCAAAAUUGUUUUCAUUAGAUCAAGAUAAUGUUAAUAAACAUAAAAAUAAUAAUAAUAAUAAUAAUAAUAGUAAUAAUAAUAAUAAUAAUAGAAAUACUAUUGAUGUUAAGCGUACAAGUCCAAAACAAUCCCACGGUAAGAGAAGAUGAAAUUUUUAUAAAUAAAAAAUAUGACUAAAAAAAUAAAUAAGUCUAGUUGAUUCUUUUAUUCUGACAUUUUAAAGAAAUUGACAUCCUAUUUAUUUAAUAAUUUUUCAUAGUAUUGUUAAUUUUUAUAUUAUUGUUAAUAUUUUAUGUUGGAAAAUUUUAAAAUUUAUUUUGACGGUUUUUGUGGCAGCAUUAAGUGAUAAUUUGAAAGUUUGGGAACAAAAUACUCAGAUAUGAUCAUAUAUAUUCAAGUAUGAUCAGAUAUGACCGUAUAUGAUUACAUGUGAUGUCAGAUAUGACCGUAUUUUAAAUAAAACAUAAACAUACAUAAUGUAUGUGAUCACAUAUGAUUCAUACGUGAUCAUAAACAAUAUCAUAUAUGAUAUCAGAUACGACCAUAUUCCACAUCAGAAAUGUUCAUACAUGACAUCAGAUACGAUUACAAUUCACAUAAAACAUGGUCAUAUACAACAUCCAAUAUGGUCACGUAUGAUUUAUAUAUGGUCACAUAAUAUCAGAUAUGAUUGUAUGUGAUAUCAGAUACGAUCAUAUGUAACACCAGAUAUAAUUAUAAGUGGAAUCAGACAUAAUCAUAUAUUACAUUAAACAUGAUCAUAUAUAAUAUAAUAUCAGAUAUGAUUGUAUGUGGUAUCAGAUAUGAUCAUAUUUGACAUCAGAUAUGAUCAUAAGUGAUAUCAGUCAUGAUCAUAUACUACAUUAGACAUGAUCAUACAUAAUAUCAAAUAUCGUUACAUAUGAUUCAUACAUGAUCACAGAUGUUAAUAAAUAAUAUCAUAUAUGGUCAGAUGAUAUCGGACAUAAUCAUAUAUAAUUCCAAAUAUGCUCACAUGAUUUAUACUUGAUAUCAGACUCUACCAAAAAUCACAUCAUUCAUGACAAUAAAUAAUAUCAGAUAUGGUCAUAUAUGAUUCAUACAAGAUCAUAACUGGUCAUAUAUGACGUCAGAUAUGAUCAUAUGUGAUAUGAAAUCAGUUCUUCAAUAAUAUCUGAUUUAAUCACAUAUAAUUUAUACAUAGUCAUAUAUGAUAUCAGUUAUGAUCACAUAUCUGAUCAGAUAUGAUCAUAUGUGGUCGAGUAUGAUCAUAUAUGAUCAAGCGGAAUCUUUAAAUAUGUAAAUACUUGGAUCUGAUAAAUGAUUGACAGAAAAAAAGUUUAUCUGAUCAUAUACAAACAAAUAUGAUUAUACAUGAUCAUAUAUGUAUAUAUAUAGUUUUACAUGAUCACAUACGCGCGGAUGUAAUUAUAUAAUUGGAUAUGGCUAUAUAUCGUGUCUUAUCAGAUUUAAAUGUUCAUACAUGAUCAUAUAUGAUCAUAUCUGUAUUUUUUUACGAAUAGUCUAAAAGAUUUUACAAUUCACUCAUAAGUGUAUUGAUAAUUUUUGAAAAAAUUACUAUUUUAUUUUUAAUCUGAUAAUUUUAAUUGUUAUUUAUCUAAAUUAUAAAUUCUUAUAAAUGAAUACUAAUCUAAUAAGAACUUGAUUAUAAAUUAAAUCGUUCCGACAAAAAU